CAAGGAGAAGAGAGAAAACGCACUCCCGUGUCCCAGCCUUCCACUGCAAACCGCAGCAUUCAAAGCCAAAAACCCUCGCCUUCUCCCCCUUUGCCCAGAUCGAGCGAAUCCAAUCCACCCCCGAAUCGAAUCCGCGAUGGCGACCCACCCGGCCUCCCCGGUCGCCGGCGGCGAGAAGGCCACGCCGCCCUCCACGCCGCCGCCGGUGCGCCUGGCGGGGGGUGCGGCGGCGGCGAUCCAGCCCAACUCGCCGCGGUUCUUCUUCUCCUCGCUGGCGGCGGCGUCCGCGUCCGCCUCCUCCCCGCACCGCCGCAUCGCCAUCGCCGUCGACCUCUCCGACGAGUCCGCCUUCGCCGUCAAGUGGUCCGUGCAGAACUACCUCCGCCCGGGCGACGCCGUCGUGCUCCUCCACGUCCGCCCCACCUCCGUGCUCUACGGCGCCGACUGGGGCUCCAUCCCCGUCUCCGUCGACGACGACGACUCCGCCCCCGACGCCGCCCAGCACGCCAACGCCCACGCCGCCACGCGCGACGAGCCCGAGGAGGCCAAGAAGAAGCGGGAGGAGGACUUCGACGCCUUCACCUCCACCAAGGCGCAGGACCUGGCGCAGCCGCUCGUCGCCGCGCAGAUCCCCUUCAAGAUCCACAUAGUCAAGGACCACGACAUGAAGGAGCGCCUCUGCCUCGAGGCCGAGCGCCUCGGCCUGUCCGCCAUGAUCAUGGGCAGCCGCGGCUUCGGCGCCUCGCGCAGGGCGGGCAAAGGGAGGCUCGGGAGCGUCAGCGACUACUGCGUGCACCACUGCGUCUGCCCCGUCGUGGUCGUGCGCUACCCUGAUGAUGGUGCGGCGGCUGGCGGUGGGGAGGCCGUGGGGGAUGAGCUCCGCACGGUGCCUGAGGAUGAACCCGUCUACCAUGAAGCUCCCGAGGGUCAGAAAGGUAAGUCUAAUCAUGGCUAAGUACAAUAUACCUAACACACAUACUGAAAAGCCAUGCAGAAAAUUGAGGUGAAAAGAGACGCAUCCAGAUCACAAGGAGAGCGUGCGACUUGCUAAUGCCGAUCCCUGUGUAACUGUGUGGUCGCUUCUAUGUUCUGCUCCGCGAUGCAUUUCGAGCAUGUAUCAGACUUGUAGAUCGUUGCCCUUUGCUGCCAUUUGCUUCCUGAGAGAUAUUUAUUAUGUUGUCCGGAGGAGAAUAAUCUAUUUCUGAAAGAAUUGUAGCUGUUGUAUGGGCGUUUCAUGUUGGCUCCAUGGGACAUGAUCCCCCCUGUUGUGUCCAAUGGCAUUCUUGGCCAAUGUGGCCCUGCUGUAUUUUGCUGGUCCUGUUCUGAUCA